AACCAGAGUUCACUUAAACCGAACCCAGACCGAGGUUUGGAGGACCAGAGGUCAAAGGUCGAUUAGCGUUCACACCUCAGCAACCGGACCAGACUUUGACUAGACAGACGGACUGGAGUCGGGUUGAAGCGGACCGGACCUGGUUCUGUUUUUGGGAACUUGUGGUCAGAUGUCUGCAGUAGAAUGAAAAGCUAAUAGGACAGAUUUCUCUCCUUUCGCUUGUUGAGGUUUUCAACAUGUUGAUCUGCAGGUUUCCUGAUUUCUUUCUGAUUUCCUGUUUAAAGCUUCCUUGUCUUUAAUUGGUCAAAGUGAGCGGCUCUUUCUGGAUCUGUGGUCAGGUUUCCAGUCUCUGUUUUUAUGUGACGUUGUGUGAAGCAGAAGCAGCAUCUUGCUGGUCCAAAGCUGAUGUCUGUUUGGUGUGGAUCGAUGCAGAUCCUCCUGGCAGCCUCCAGGGGGCGUCUGCUGCGUUGCUUCCCGCGUUCAGAGCCUGGUUCUGAUUGGUUCUUUGACUGGCUUGUUGUCUUGGGAAGCGUCUCUCCGAGUGAAGAACGACCCGUGCUGACCCGACCAGACCUGUAGCGCUGCUGCUGUGAGCGGACGCUUUGGGAUCAGGAUCUGGAAUCGGACCCGGCUCCGCUCUCUGCUCGUUCCGCGGGUUUGCCGGAGCUGGAAUGCAGCGAAGCAUAGUUUGGUUUGUGAGCCAUAAUCAAAUCAAAAUGUGUCUGCAUACUUUCCCAUGGGGAGCGGAGGAGCGGAGGAGGGGGUCCAAUUAAACGGUGACACUCGGAGAGAAUGGCAGAUAAACAGACGGAUAAUCAUCAGGAAUGGCUCAAACAAAGGCCGCAGGAGCGGGAGGAGGGCGGCCGCUGGUAUUCCGGGUUAUUUUUGGACGUUUUCAGAAGCAGAAACGUGUUUUUACGUAACUCUGCAUCAGGCUGCAGCUAACGAGCUAACAUACCAAAAUGUUUCAGGACAGAGACGGAGAGUGGGAAUAAUGCGGAGUCACAUCUGUGGCUCAUUAGGCUGACGACACCUUUUAAUUCCAGCUCUCAUUACGGCCGGAACGACGGGACCGCGCUCCGAGCCGCUUCCCGGUCCAGCAGGAAGCUUUGGAGGAGCGGAUAAUUAGGAGAGAUCUGCUUUAGCAUCAGACUAAUUGAAGGCUGAGCGUCGUGUUUACGGACUCACCAAAACAAGUUUAAACAUCCUGCUGCUCAUUUAAACCCCUCAGAGCUGUGAUUGGUGGAACAGCAGCCAAUCAGGGCCCAGAGCUGAUCAGUUCCUCUCAGGUCUGCAGCCAUGUUCAGCUCCUUCACCUUCAGGAUCCGAUUCACAUCAAACCGAGUUCGGCUGCUGCUGCUAAGCGUUUCCAUGGAGACGGGGGUCACAGGGCCGCUGCACACACAGUGACACACACACACACACACACACACUCUGACCCGGCGGUAAUCUGUUUCCCAAAAUGUUCCACACGCCAAAGUUUCCACUUCAGACAAACUUAAAUACUCAGGCUGUGAAAGAUAAACAGAACCAGAACCUCCUGCUGGAUAACUGGACCUUAACAGGAUUACAACCUGCUGCACAACGCGGCGCUGAGUCACCAUGGAGGAGUCAGCCGGUCCAGACCUGCUGGACCCGACCAGAACCAGACCUGGACCAGGGCCAGGUCAGCUGUAGCUCUGACUGAACCUGUCCUGUCGGGAACCAGAACCUGCCGAUCCAGACGGAUCAGUGUUUCCAUGGAGACGGGGGUCACAGGAACGGCGCUCUGGUCAGGAGGUCUCACUCCAUCCGACUUUUAAAAUGUCACAAAGCAGAAAAUGUGAAUUAGUCGUUUCCAUCUGCUUUCCUGGAGAGAACAACUAGGUUGGACAGGAAGUGAUGUCAUCAGAUGGUGGCACUACGCGUGGCUGUGAUGAACAGGAAGUGGAAGCUGCUAACUAGCAUGUAGCAAGUUGAUGCGAUGCUUCAAACUGAGCAUAAAAAGUGAUGGGAACAUAAAACAGGGCCGAGUUUCACUUGAUUUAUUGUUGGUUUUGUCCCUGAACGUCUCUGAGGUGUUUAUGUUCGGCUGAGCAGCCUGAGGAUUAACGUGACUGAAGAUCGCCUGUCAGAGUCUCCUCUGCAUCGUCUCUGAAGGAUAAAAGCUUUUUCUCCAGGAGGAAAAUUAAACAAGAAGAGAAACACAAAACCCUGAGUUUGACAGAAAUCUGCUCAGAUCGUGGCCUAGUUAAAGUCCGGUCCAGACUCAAUCUGAACCCUGUUGACAGAUGAAGUUCCCAUCCUGCAGCCUGUUGGCCCUUCCAGCAGAGACUCCCGCCGCACCAAUCAGAUUCAGCACCCGUCCAUCAGAGUCUUUAUCAGACAUAUUUAUUAAACUGUGACUUUAACCCCUGCUGCACCAGGUGAGUCCUUCACGGCGACCUCACGUUGACCCCGGGCAGCAGACGAAGGGGACGUGUGGGAUAUGUAAUCUGCGAUGCUGCAACAUAGAUCUGAUUUAAAUAGACAGCAGCCGCCAUGCAAAUGUGCUGGAUGAGCGUGAGAUGCUCCCUGAUCCGCUGGGAGAUGAAGCUCCUCCAGCAGAGACAUGAUGCAUGUUUACGACCUGCUGCAGGUUGGAAAUGCAUCGCUGCACCUGGAAGGCCCAACAUGGAAGGUUCUUCCUCAUCGUGAAGCCGGUCGGUUCGGUUCUGGAACCUCUUAUUGUCUCUGACUGGUUCUGUCAGUCGGUUCUGGUUUUAGAGGAAUCCUCAGAGGUUUGGGUUUGAUUCAAAAACCAAACAAAUGUUCAAAACUGAGAGCUCAGUGAUGCUAACUCCCACCUGCAGGGGGCAGCGUUUCCACCGCUGCCUCAGCCUUAUCGAUGUGGCGAGUAACAAAAUCCAGCUGUUUAAGUUCAAAGAAUAAAAAUGUUUCUUUUUAGAUAUUUUUGUAUCUUUUAUCCAAAGCAACACAAAGUCAGCGAUUAUGAUCCAGAAGCUAUCAUGAGCUCCUGGAGGGCCGACCUCAGGUCCAGUGGUCCGUCCUCAGUGUGAUGGUCCGGCCUGUUCUAACGGGGUCCAGACAUAACCGGGUCGUCUCAUGUCAGGAACUAAACUGGAAUAAAAUCAAGGAAGUUGGUAGUCUGUGUAGUUCACUGGGACCCGGAGGACAGACUCUCAGGUUUGGACUGGGAGGAAGCCAGAGUACCCAGAGAGAGUCCAGCCAUCCACAGGGAGAGCGUUCUGACAGGGACGGCCUUGACCUUCGAACCCAGGAGCUCGUUGGUGCUCCGCAUCGUCACCCUGAAUAAAGAUCAUCAGUCACUUCAGGAACUACAGAUUCUCCUUCUGUGUUCAUCAGCCAGCUGAAGCCGUAGCUUCCUCGUCCUGAUCUCCAUCCGACCCCUGCUGCCGUUCCAGCUCCUCUUUCCGUCCCAGCAGGCCGCUGGAGAAACUUUCUGCCGUUCAGUUUAUUAUUUCCACUGACAAAUUACAUUUUGAGGGAAAUCUAAUGCAAAUGUGGCCGUACCCUCUGUCCACAGAAACCAUAUCCGUGUCUCCGCUGGGCUUGUUUGAACACAGCAGAUGUAAAUUUAGACUCCGCUGCUCGCCAUGCAAAUCCACAGGUGGGUCCAGUUUAAAAGGAGCGUGUGGUGAGAUGUUCGAGAAACGAAAAGCCCAAAUUACAAACAGGAGAGCCUCUUAAUGCAAAACCACCAGAGGAUAGAUGGUGUUUAGAUGCAGCGGCGCAGUGGAUGAGAUCGAGGUGCGUAAAACCAAAAACACCGUUUAUUUUUCAGUAAAUUUAAAAGCUGAUGUCUGUUUACAACAACUCUUAACACUUACCACAUCAUUAAUCCUCCUGUUUGUUGAUCAAAAACCUGAACUUUAAUGUGCUUUCAGAUUGCCUCGUUCCUCAGUGACGCAUCUUCUGAGAAUUUAUCAUUUACCAAACUGAGAACGGAUGUAAACUGAAGGUUCGACACCAGGCAGAGCGUUAAUUUGGGCGUGAGAAAGAAUCAUCAGACUGUUAGAACCGAACAGGUUACGUAAGACCAUCUCCACGUUGGGAUUCGAUCCCAGUUUCUUCCUGAACGGCAUCACGGCUCUGCUGGCCUCCAACGUGCUGCUGGGUCUGCCGGCCAACGGCUACGUGGCCUGGAUGAUAGCGAGUGAAUCCGGCGUCUCGGAGCUCUUCGCCCUCAACCUGGCCGUCGCAGAGAUCCUCUUCGGCUGCUCGUCUUUCUACGUCAUGCUCCACUUCCUGCUCAGGAUGUCCGAGGCGGUCGGGGUUCUGGUUCUGAAGCUGUUCCUGCAGCUCAUGCUGAUUUCUCGGCCGCUCUUUCAGACCUGCAUCUGUCUGGAGCGUUACAUGGCCGUGGUCCAUCCCACCGUCUUCAUCAGGCUGAAACCUCUGCGGUACCGUUUGGGUGUCUGCCUGUUCGACUGGCUGCUGAUCCUGCUGGACUUCAUGUUUCCCUUCCUCAGCCCGUCUCUCACCGUCUCUGCUUGCUACCUCAUAGCCAAGUCCCUGCUCUUCCUGUCCACCUUGUCUUACUGCGGCGUCCGAGUCCUGCUGGUCCUGCAGCAGCCGGGUCCGGGCGACGGCUCCCGCAGCGCUGUUAGCUGGAGCGCCAUGAAGAGGAAGGCCUUCAAGGUGAUCGUCAUCACCCUGGGGUUCAACAGCGCCACCCAGCUGCUGCAGAUCCUCAUGCUGGGCCCAACCGUCCUCACCGCGUCUCUGCUGCUCAUUCUGCAGCUCACGUUGUUCGCCCUCUCCAUCAGCAUCACCAGCAGCUUCAUCACUCCUCUGCUGUUCCUGCACAGAGCCGGAAAGCUGCCCUGCAUCAACUUCUAGCUGCUGCAGCCGCAGAGACCCAGUCAAGGUUCCUGCCGCAGCCCGAGCCGUGGAAAAACAACCUGUUCACAAACAAAACAAUAAAUUUCCCCAGAAACCUGAUUCAUUCUUCCCAAUGAUCCGUGACUGUUUUUUUGGGAAAUGCUAAUCAUUCCCAUAUUUUCUGUUUUCAGGCCUCUUCACUUGGGAAUUUGUGACGAGUGACUAGAGACUAACAUUAGCUUUUAUUGAGCCUCGAGGGCUCCCGUAGAUUCAUCCCUGAGCAGCUGAACGUUCCUGGUUCCUGUUGAAACGAGAAAAUUCCUUCCUGUUAUGACGGCUGUGAUCCAGACCGAUAAACGCAUCACUUCCUGUUAUGACGGCUGUGAUUCGGACCAAUCAGGUAUCAGGGUUGGUACCUGGUGAUGUUGGUCUCUGGACGCCGGCGUCUGAAGACGGGACUGAAGGACAGAUGGAGGUCAGAGACGGAGAUUCAUGGUGGAAACUUUCCAAACAGAUGAACUUUAACCCCUGACCCAGUGAACCCUAGUCCCACUGGUCCCAGUACUCCCAGUGUGGGAUGUAGUGAAGGAACUGGUGGAACUGGGUCCAGUUCCUCUGGUUGAGUCUCUCAGACUUGGCAUGUUGAAAGUCGUCUCCGUUCUCCAGAGAGAUGUUUGUCUACGGACAAGAACAGCGCCCCCAUCAGGUGUGUGUAGUCACUGCAGGCCACCGGAGCGCCCGGAGGCUCCAUGUUGAGGUUCUGUUGUUCUCAGAGCCGGACUGGGUCGGACAUCGGGACCGGGUUCAACUCCGGCUACCAGAACCUUCUGGACUUUUGGACGUCGGUUCCAGGAGCAUUCAGAGCUAAUCUGACUGGAGGAAACAGUAGAGUGAGGAAAACAUUUCCUCCUCUUCCUCCUCCAGCUGAUUUAUGGGCCGAUCUGUUGGUUCUGUUAAAAAGAGGCGUUCUGGACGGGUCAGAACCAGAACCACUCUUUGAUGAAUCGUCAGUCGCCUGAGCUGCAGCCAAGCUGCAGAGACAAACCGUGCAAACAUUUAGAGAGACGGGAGCUAAUGGGACGUGAUUAACGCGAGUCCGGGUCCAACGGGCUCCAUGUUGCUGUCAGAACAAACGGGUCGGGUCACAAUUAAUGAGGUCAGCCCGGCAGCUGAGUCUUCCUCCAGAUGCUGCUGAGCUGAAACCGGUCCGGUCUCAGCAGGAACUCUGGCUGCAGAGCCGAGGCCCGGUCAGCGGCUCGGAUCAGAACCAGGGCCUCCGUUGGUUCUUUCUGUUUGUCCCAGAACAGAAAUUUUGGGUUCUGCUGACCCAAAGCAUCUUUCCUGGACAAAAACAAAUAUUCAACAGGAAUACUCCAGAAACCGUUCAGCUGAACCGGUUCCUGUCCGUGACCCGGUUCUGUGAAGCUUCACGAGUCCUGAACCGGCCUGGCUGGACCCAAACUACAUGACCUCAUUUUCUGUGGUUGUCAUGGUGAUUUUACCUCAGGUGAAAUUAGCCUGACGGAUAAAACAGGCAGAGGAAAAUGAGGAAGAGGAGGGAAGGAGGAAGAGGAGGCGCGUGGCCCAGAACCACAGAGCGGUUCUGCUUUGAUCAGUCCGCCCACAGACUGUCUCUGGUUCUGGUUAACUGGGCCUUGUUUCCAGCUUGUUUUUCCAGUUCCUUAACUGGAGUCCGACGUGUAACUCGGGACCGCAGCGUGGAGACGGACGCUGGACGGUUGGUCCAAACGUCCUGACAGCGUCUGAAGGUCCAUCAGCUGCAGACCCACCAGGCCCGGGAACUAAUCCUGAUCCACAGCACAGCUGACCCAGUUACUGGCAGAAUCAGAACCACUUUAACCUGAAGUGCAAAUAAAAGUCCAGAACUAGGCUAAUGAGCUAAUGAGCUAACAGCCAAGCUAACCUGACUGCUAACUUUGAAAACACGUAGAGCUCUUAGCUUCUCCUACAUUGUUUUUCAUUUUUAAUGAUUCUUAAAUUAAUUGUUUUGUUGUUUUGUAAACUUUCAGUUAAAGUUCAACUUCUUUGUAGAAGCUAAAUUACACUAAAUGUUUGUGUAGCACUUUAGAUUCCAUUAAUUAGCAUGUUAGUAUAGUGAUUUAGCAUUAGCCUCUGCUAAAUAUGACAUUUAUGUAGCCCCUUAGCAUUAGCUUCCAGUAACCAUGUUGGUGCUUUGCUUUAGCGUUAGCUUACGCUGAAUAACAGAGUUAAUGUAGCGUUUAAACAUCAGAACAGAACCAGCGAAACACCUCUAAACGGGUCCAAACUGGGUUCAGCUUUACAAACCGGGCCAAAUAAAAUCUCUAACAGAACCGGGCCUGUUACCAGAACCAAACAGGUCUGAAACCAGUUCAGAAAACCUUCAGCUUCCAAUAAAUAAACCAGUUCAAAUCUUUGUGAUCAGAGUUUAUCGAGUCAGGUCCAGAACCAGGACCAGCUCCAGAACCAGAGCCAAACGAGUCUAAAAUCCACUUCUUGAUGCUAAUCAGAACCACCAACUGGUCCAACGGAUCAGAAUGGGAAGAAUGAUAACGAUUAUCAGUGUUUAAGAGACGGACCCGGUACUGAUGGACCGACCCGGUAGGGGAACCAGAGCUAAGCUGCUUUGCUUCAUUUCUCAGUUCAUCAGAUUAAAAACCCACUGAGUGGAAAAUAAAACGAUGUUUCUGACC